AUGACAAAUUUGAAGCCUCUAACUCUUUGCUUAUUCCUUCAAGCUAUUUUUCUCAUAACCUCAAUACCAACAACUUACUCCAGAAGCACUUUCCCAUUAAAGGAUGAAAAACUAUCACUUAUUGAAAACACUUGCAAAAAAACACCAAACUACAAUAUCUGUCUUCAAUCUCUCAAACAAAACUCUGGAACUUCUGUAGCUGAUAUAUCAGGACUAGCUCAAAUAAUGGUGAAAGUGAUGAAAGCAAAAGCAAAUGAUGGAUUGAGUAAGAUCCACCAGCUACAAAGGGUGAGAAAUGGUGGAGCUAGAAAAGCUUUGAGUUCUUGUGGUGACAAAUAUAGAGCAAUUUUGGUGGCUGAUGUGCCUCAGGCUAUUGAAGCAUUGGAGAAAGGAGAUCCAAAAUUUGCAGAAGAUGGUGCAAAUGAUGCAGCUAAUGAAGCAAGUUAUUGUGAGAGUGAGUUUAAUGGGAAAUCACCACUUACUAAACAGAACAAUGAUAUGCAUGAUGUUUCAGCUGUUACUGCUGCUAUGGUUAGACAAUUACUUUAA